AUGGAGCACACCUCUACAGAUCACAUAGACCUGGACUCCUUCCAUGUAUCUGAAGAGUAUGGAUUUCUUCUGGAAAAACCAUCGACUGACCUACCAGAAUACUACAACGUUUGGAUUGACUUGGCCAGCAACCUCACACACCUCAUCCACACACAUCAGCUAAGAGAACAGGUCCAUAAGAUGGCCGAUCUGAGUCCUCAACACCUGAGAGGCCAUCGACAGCUCAGGCUGGCUCACCUGGCACUGGGCUUCAUCGUCAUGGGUUACGUCUGGCAGGAGGGGGAACACCUGCCAGCGCAGGUGCUGCCCAAAGCUCUGGCUCUUCCCUUCUGGCUGGUGUCAAAGAGACUCGGCCUCCCUCCCAUUCUUACGUAUGCUGAUUCAGUUCUUGCCAACUGGAAACUCAGAGACUCUACAGGAGGCAUGGACAUAGGGAACUUGGACUUGGUGUUUUCUUUUCCUGGGGGAGAGAGCUGCAGAGGGUUCUUCCUGGUUUCAUUGUUGGUGGAGAAGGCUGGAAGCUCAGGGUUACAGGGAGCACUGGAGGUGAUGAAAGCUAGGGCCACCUGCGACCUCAUCAUGCUACAGAAGGGCCUUCACAAAGUGGCCCAGUCUCUGAGGGAGAUGAUGAAAAUGCUCAAGCUCAUGCAUAGGCAUGUUGAUCCAGUCUCAUUCCAUGGAACUUUGAGAAUUUUUUUCUCUGGGUGGAGAGAUAAUCCCAUGUUACCGGAAGGUCUUCACUACGAGGGGAUCUGUGAUGAACCUAUCCAGCUGUCUGGAGGAAGUGCUGCCCAGAGCUCCUCCAUCCAGUGCUUUGAUGCACUACUGGGCGUUCGUCAUGAAGACCAAGCAAACGCUUUCCUAAAGCGCAUGAGAGACUACAUGCCUCUGGCCCAUCGCCGUCUCAUAGAGACACUGUCCGAGCAUUCUUCCCUGCGCGACUACAUCCUCUCGGGCUCCAGCCCCUCCGUCUGCCAUGCCUAUGACGCCUGUGUGCUGGCGCUGGUGGACCUGAGGAGCUACCACAUCUGUAUGGUGGCCCGCUUCAUCACAGUCCCCGGGAGCCAGGCCCGGGCAUCCCACUGUCCUCUCGGAGGGGUUUGCAAGGCGCUGGAUAAUACUGGUACCGGCGGGUCCAAACCCAUAGGUUUCCUGAAGAGUGUCCGUGAUGCCACUCGCAGAAUGCUCAUCUCGGACCGUAUGUAACCAGAUAUCCGAAAUGGCUCUAUUCAUCGAAAUCAAUAUUCAUUUCAAUGUUCACACUACACUGCAUGUGUAUGCUUGGUCCAUGAAUCUGAGGACAUUGGGCUACCAUUUCCAUCCUUGCUCAUGUGGGUCUAUGUCCUAGAGUUAUGGUAUCUAACUUUAAUCACAGGAAUCUGUGUGUGUGUGUCUGUGUGGCUUGAUUAUCUCGAGAACCGGGCAUUGAAUGAAGUUGAACAUCGUCCGGUGUAUUGCUUAGCAAUAGAGAGCUUAGAGAGUUUUUUGGGAGUUUUUCCUUGUCUUCCUUGAGGGUUUAGGUUGGUUGAGGGGCAGUUCUAUGGGCAUAUGUGAAGCCCUCUGUGACAUGCUUGCGUGUAAAAAGGGCUAUACAAAUAAAUUUGAUUUGAUUUGAUUUGACUUAGCACCCAAGGACGUGCAGUGCCGCAUUAAUGAAAUGUAGUCUGGCUUGGGAAAUGAACAAGAGAAAGCAACCUCUGUCUGAAAUAUGAACCUCUUGUACCUCACUGCUCUUGUGAAAUAAUUUGCUAACCAUGCGAGGAUCAUCUUAAUCAAUGGGAUCCUAACAACAGUUAAAACCAAGGAAAUGGUUUAAAGUCACUGGUCGUGCAGCCGUGCCCACGACAGAAGGCUAGAUAGAUUGCCACACUAUCGUUUUUAAGACUGACAAGAAAACUGUAAUGAGCUCAAUGUAGCUUGCUUACUGACACUGGAUAGAAAACCACUGCAGCCUGGCUAAAUUAUUAGCUAAAGUGGCUAGCUAGAUGAACUAGUUAGUCAUGUACAUGUAGUCAGCUAUACAUCGUUGAUGCAAUUUGAUUAUAUACACCAUGGCAACACCUGUAUAUUGCUCGGACUGUU